UGAGGAGGAAAUAUCAAGCAACUAUGCGACACGGCAAAGAAACUGGCAGAGAAAUAUAGUAAACCAGAGAGAUCGGUCAGCGACAAAGAAGGCAAUACAAUCAUCGAGAUUCAAGAACAGGGGAACAGAUGGGUGGAACAAUUUGAGGAACUCUUGAAUAGACCAGCCCAACUAAACCCAUCGGAUAUUGAAGCAGCACCUACAGACCUUCCUAUAGAUGUCACCCCACCAACGAUCAAAGAAAUCAGUGUGGUCAUCAAGCGAAUCAAGUGUGAGAAAGCAGGAGGACCUAACAACAUACCAACUGAAGCACUGAAGUUAGAUACAGAAGUAACUGCAAGCAUGCUGUAACUACCAGGAAAGUGUUGCUGAACCGGAUGAAGGGUUCAGAAGAUCCCGAAACUCGAGAUCAACAGACUGGAUUCUGUAAGGAUCGGUCGUUUACAGACCAAAUCGCGACACUACGGAUCAUCGUUGAACAUUCAGUUGAAUGGAACUCGUUACAAUACAUCAACAUUAUUGACUAUGUGGCGUUUGACAGCGUGGAUAUGAGAACCCUAUGGAACCUUCUUCGACAUUAUGGUGUACCUGAUAAGAUUUUCAACAUCAUACGGAAUCCACACUGCAAAGUUGUGCAUGGAGGACAGCUGACAGAUGAAUUGCACGUGAGGACCGGAAUUAGACAAGGCUGCUUACUCUCCUUCUUUCUCUUUCUUCUGAUGAUUGACUGGAUUGUGAAGAUCUCGAUAUCUGAGGGAAAGCACGGAAUACGAUGGGCAGCAUGGAUGCAACUACGCGAUUUGAACUUCGCAGAUGAACUAACCCUUCUAUCCUAUACACACGAACAAGUGCAGAUGAAGGCAACUAGUGUAAUAGCAGCCUCUGCAUCUGUAGGCCUCAGUAUACACAAAGGAAAAAGCAAGAUCCUUAAAUACAACACGGAGAAUGCCAACCCAAUCACAUUAGGUGAAGCUCUGGAAGAUGUGGAGUCUCUCACAUCCCUGGGAAGCAUCAUCGAUGAACAAGGAAGAUCGGAUGCAGACGUAAAGGCGAGGAUCGGUAAAUAAGGGCCGCAUUCCUACAAUUGAAGAACAUUUGGAACUCAAAACAACUGUCUGAAAGCCAAAAUCAAAGUCACAAUCUUCAAUGCGAACGUCAAGACAGUUCUACUGUAUGGAGGUGAAACUCGGAGAACUACCACAACCAUCAUCAAAAAUGUACAAGUAUUUAUAAACACUUGUCUACGCAAGAUACUCGAUAUUCGUUGGCUGGAUAGUAUUAGCAACAGCUUACUGUGGGAGAGAACAAACCAGCUUCCAUCUAAAGAGGAAAUUAGGAAAAGACGAUGGAAAUGAAUAGGACAAAUAUUGCGGAAAUCAUCAAACUGCAUCAGGAGGCAAGCCCUAACUUGGAAUCCUGAAGGCAAACGGAAAAGAUGAAAGCCAAAGAGCACACUGCAUUGAGAAUCGGAAGCAGAUAUGAAAAGAAUGAAUAGUAACUGGAAAGCAUCGCCUAGGAUAAAGUUGGAUGAAAAGUGCUGGCGGGCGACCUAUGCUCCACCAAUAGGGGUGAUAGGAGUUAAUAUAUUAUACAUAUAUAAACCGCACACCGCAGUUUCCCAACAGUGUUCGACCUCGUCUCUUAGAAUUUUCUAUGAAACAAGCGAAUUUACAUUUCUGGCAUGCUUUGUAUAGAUGAAAAUGGAAAAUCAAUUUGUAGAAAGUUUCAAAGUGAACCAAGAUUGUAUACAUCUUCAUAAUUUGAUCUGAUUAAACCGGCUAAGAAACACGAUGCAACUUGCAUUCUUAUUAUUAAGUUACUUGAAUUAAUCCAAGUGAUAAAUCUGAAAUACUAUGCACAUUAACCGAUCUCCAGUUUGCUUUAUGAUAUUGUAUACAAUGUUUUGUUUAUUAUUUUUUCGAAGAAUCUUAUCCCCUAUAUAUGGAAUCCAAUCAUAUGGCUUAUCAUUGAACAAAAUAUUCAAUAUAUGGAAUUUUCUUGGAAACGUUUAUUUAACGAUAGUGGCGUUGUCUAGAACCAGUUUGGCGUCGUGAACAAUUACACUUAUCUAGUUAUAUCUAAAUACUUGCACAAGUGUUUCAUAUUCAAUGCA